AUGACACCGGUCAGUUUCCUGUUAAUUUGCGCAGCGUUGUUGCGCUCCGGGACGGCUGCCACCCCCGAGCCAUUCGGAUGCGCGAACAGGUUCGAAGUGCACGACGAUAAGAUCAUCCGGACCGAGGAUUCGAAAAAGUUGGGCGCAAAGUUCAUAGACUCGGUGGAACAGCACGACCGAGCCGGGUGUCUGGAACUGUGCUGUCGGACGUCCCGGUGUGACGUGUUCGUGUUCGAAGAAAAAUCCCCUGGAACAUGUUACUUGUUUGAAUGUGGACCAUCAGAUGAUUUUAAAUGCAAAUUCACCAAUCAUAAGAACUACAGCAGUGCAUUGAUGUUGUCCAGACAUGCAUCAGAAUUAGAAAAUCAGAUUAAACUCACUCAAAUUGAACAUGAACAUGAACUCAUUCAACUUAAGAAACUAACUCCAUUUACAACACCUUCAACAACUGUUUUACCAAUAUCGGCUAUUAAUAAGGAAACAGAAAUAACUAUCCCACUGGAUAAACAUUCUGAAAGAACUCCUCGGUGUAGUAGAUUUCAAUUUGAAUGCAAAACAUCCAGUGAAUGUAUUGCUAUCUACAACGCAUGUGAUGGAAUACCUCAAUGCAGCGAUGGUAGUGAUGAAGCUCUUGAACUGGCCUGUCCGACCACUCCCAGCAAACAAGUACUCAUGAAAGAUACAAACUAUGGAUUGGCACAAGGAAAUAAUUACAUUCAAACAUUAUCAAACAAGCCAAUGGAUAUAAUGGGACAGCCAGUAAAUCAACCAAUUCAACAAUAUCAAUGGAAGAAUCAACAACCAAUAUUUAGUUCUAAUGUAAACUAUAAUAAUGCAAAAGUAGACAAAUCUGCUUAUGGCAGUAAUUUUCCUUCUUCUCAGUACGGAAGGGAAGGUGAAGGACUCAAAUGGACAGGCCAAGAUAAUAUGGUUCACCAAAACUACGGGAAUAAUCGAAUAUUCACACAUGUCAAUGGAGGAAUUUUACCGGACUAUAAUCGGCAGCAAAAUAACUUAUUACAAAAUAAUAUGCCGAGUAGAGUAUACAAUGCUGAACCAGGGAUGAACAUUGAUCAUAACUACAACCAUUUGAACAAUAUGAAUCAUGAAUUCCAUCACUUUAACACGGGUGGAAAAACUAAUUAUCAAAAUCAAAAUAAUCCAGAUUAUUUCUAUGAAGACCUGAGACCUAAGAUGGAACAGUCAAAUAUUAUCCCUCAACUAGGUUCUGAUUAUCAAAGUCAAAUUCAGUUAAAUGUUAAAAAAUCUGAAACAUUAUUAACAGAAAAACCAGUAAUAGUUCAAAAGCAUAAUCUCAAUGAAACCUCUACUCAAUCAACAACUACAGAUUCUCGUGUUCAUGGAAAAUUAGUGCAACCACUGACAGAAGACUCUAUACUUGUUCGUGAAGUGUAUUUUGAAAGUAGCGAUGAUGGAUAUGCAAUAAUGCCAAACGGAGCAUUUAUUUCUCUUGUUCUUGGUGUUAUUGCAUCGAGUAUAAUGAUAAUUGUGAUUGGUUGUCGAUUAAGAGUGGUGCGUAAUCGUCAUCGAAAAGGAAGCAAACAGUCAUACGCUCAUGACGCAGACUUUUUAAUUAAUGGCAUGUAUUUAUAAAUGUAUAAUAACAAAAAAAUGAAAAUGCAUAUUGUGAUUUAUGAACAUAUUUUUUUUUUUUAAUUAAGAAAUAAUACUAUUUUAUUUAUACAUACCUAUUAUUAUUUACUAUAAUUGUGUUAACUAUUAGAUUUUUAUAAUAUUAAUUGUCCUAUUCUGCAACAUUAUAUGGCUUUAAUACACUACA